AUGUUUCCUGAAGACUACUCCAUCAAGCAUGAGAGGCUUAUUCGCUUGAGGGUAGCUGAAGGAUUUGCGACCCCAAAAGGAAGGAAAACAAAGGAGGAGGAGGAGGUUGAAGAUGGUUGUCUGAAUGAACUGAUUGGAAGAAAUUUGGUUGACGUGAAUUCAACGGAGAUUGAUGGGCAAGUAAGGACUUGA